GCAUCAUAUCAUUGUACGGCAAUUGCUCUGCUUGCUAGUGGUUGAGAUGACAACCAGGUUUGCACAAACCCUUUGUUGGAUGUCUAGCCUGAUUGAUGGUCUGCUUCACUAUGUUCUGUAAUUGCGCACUUCCCAGCUUACUUCAUAACGUGCUGGCAUCUCUUUGCCUUUCCUCGAGAUCUUGUGUAGCUCCCACCACAAUCGCCAUCAAGCUUUUUCUUCUUAUACCACCAAGAGCCUCUCGCUGGACGAGACCUUUGCUUCUUUCCUUUCUCUUCCCCUGCUUCUUCUCUUCUCUUUUCCGCUUUGCCGCGCUUUCUAUUCAACAUGAGAGACAUGCCAUCUCUGUUGCCGCUGGCAGGUACCGACUGCCACAACAUUGCUCCGCAGGAUGGGUACCAUCGCUACCCAUCCCUGCCAGAUCUCAACAUGGCAGACCCAAAUUUGCAGCCGGAGGGCGAGGGCGGUGUUACCCCUACUACCAAUCAGGUCCCAGCACCGCAGGGUGUAGGCCUCACUCUGGACGAGCAGGCUGCCCCUCCUUCUGUCGCAGACGAGGCCAUGUCCUCUGUCUUCAGCGACAGCAGCAGUGAUGGUACUGCCUUCCGGGAGCGCCCAACCUCUCGCACCAUUCAGGCUAGCCCUGGAAGCACCUCUGCUCCUGCAUCCUCUCCCGCCCCCUCUGCUGCCUCUGACGGCGAUGAGAACCGUCUCUCGCCAGAGAUUUGGGCCGACAGUGUCGCUUUUGAGGAGCGGGUCCUGAUGACCAACAGCGCCAAUGUCGCUCGUGACCGGCGCCGUCGCCGGGGUGCCAUCCAGCUUGACGUUACGCCUCUUGGACCCGUCUUCUCCUUGCCGCCAUCGCCGGUAUCUCCUUCACACCCUCUCUCACGCCUCGAAGGCAGCGACGACGACCUCCCACCUCCUGUUUCCUCCUCCGCAGCCGAUGGGGCAAUGCCCUCUACCCCUCGCGCUCGUCUGCAGCGCUCCUUUAUGCCGUCAGAGCGUGAGGGUGCUGGUGCGAUAUUGGUACCUGGUCUUCUUCGCCGCCUAGGCCGUCCUUUUUCUGGCUCCUGGCAAGGCCUCUCGUCGCCACUGGCUUCGGUCUCCUCGACCGACCUGCCUCGGGUCAGUUGUUGGUCGCGCCUGCGUCGUCUCUUCUCGCGUCGCCAUCAAUGAGGUGGUUGCAGAGCUUGUGCUCUCUGCUGGUAGUUCGUUCAUGCAUUUGGACAGGGUGGUUAUGUUGUGUUGCUGGUUUGAGGAGGGCCGCCGUUUUUAUGUUCCACUUUGAUACCCCUGCUGUUUCGUUCUCAUUUCUUUAGAACUGUUUAAUAUCGGGCUGGUCCCUUCUUCUGUUCUUUGCAUCUAUCUCAGCCAUCGAACACGACAACUAACGUGCUUGUCAAAAUGCAGAG